AUGGUGUCACUCGUGCCACCGAAGGAUAAGAAGCUCAUGGAGGUUAAACUUGCAGAGCUGCCAAGCUGGAUAAUGAUGUGGAAUUUCACCCCCAGUGGCACAGUGAGAGCCUUUCAGAGAGGUUCUGACCGGUAUUACAACAAGUACAUCAACGUGAGGAAAGGCAGCAUCUCGGGGAUUAACAUGAUGCUGGCAGCCUAUGUGGUUUUCAGCUACUGCCUUUCUUACAAGGAACUCAAACAUGAGCGGAGAUGCAAGUACCACUGAAGAAGGGUCACAGUGGAGGGCACUGUA